AUGGGUGACACGAGGCCGAGGCCGUGGGAGGCGGAUGAGAGCUCACGGUCGCGGGACUCCAAAGCUCCGCGGCUGGACUUGCUGGCUGCAACGGCAACGGUGGCGGCGGAGGUGGGCGAUCUGCUGUCCUCUCGCCGGGAGGACUGCCCCGAGCUGACCGGCAACGGCGACGACGAUCGGUGCUGCGAUCACGUCCCCACGGACAGCGCUCACAAGGAUAUUCUGAGCUGGUCCUUGCUAUCCGACGACGUGGGGAUGUGCGAGGACUGCUCGCGUGAGGAGGGGGCCGGCGGCCGGCCCAAGUAUCGCCGUAUCCUGGUGUGCCUGGAAUGCGGCCGGCAUUCUUGCGGGGAUUCGAGGAGCUACCUCCCGUGCGGGCACGCUCAGGAUCACGCCAGGCAGGAGCAGCACUGGGUCGACGCGCUGUUCGACGAUCCACAGACUGGAUUCUGCUUCAAGUGCGAGUGUGAACGACCAGUGUAUCCAGAGCCAGAUGACGAGCUGGGGACGAUCAUCGGCGAAAUUCAGGAGGGCGGCGGCGGCCAUGCGUUUGGAUUCGACAUGCCCCGCGAUCUCGCCACCGGGUUGCUCAAGCUCGGAGACGCAUGGCGUGUGGCUGAGCUCGGAUCGGGGAAUACCCAAGGCUAUGCUAUCAGAGGGAUGCCGAACAGCGGGAACACAUGCUACAUGAACGCGAUGGAUGAGGAAAGUGGAAUUGAGAACCCUUACAGGGAAACAGGUGCUCCGACAGUUAUUGAUUCGAUUUUCAGGGGUGAGCUGUUAGGGACACGGUCCUGCAUAUAUUGUCAGUCUGCUUCGGCUUUCCAUGGACAUUUCCGGGAGCUCUCACUAUCGCUGCCAUCAGAGGAGGAUCUAAGCAAGAGUAUCAAAUCUCAACCCAUGAAGGCUGCUACUCAGUUACUUUCAGCAAGUGAGAGUAACUUGGGAAAGAUCGAUGCCAAAAGUGGCAAUUCUCAUCUUCUUAUUUCAGAAUUUAAUGAUUUGGUUGCGGACAAAACAUCAGACCCUAUGGAAGUUGAUUCUGCUGAAGAGCAACACACCUGGCAAAGCAAGGAUGCUAUUGUACAAGAUCCUUUGUACACCGAGGAGCCACUACAUUCUAUUGGUUUUGUUCCUCAUAGCAUCUCUGAUGCUAAAGUUGAGCAAAUGGUUCAGAUGACAACAGAUUCCCCCUAUCCAGAAGAUAUGGGUCAACCUCCACUUGUUGCCCCACUAAAGCAUGAUGCAUGGACGACGUCGUGCAGCUAUGUAGAUCAAAAUGGCAAGGGAAUAGGGGAUAACAAUUGUAUACCAACAAUCGAGGAUUGUCUAUCACUGUUUUUUAAAGAGGAGGUGGUAGAAAGGAGCUGUGAUUGUUCCAAGGUACCUAUGGAGCCAAGUACUAAUCAAAGCAGAAAGGGUAAGCAAAUGGAGGUAGGUACCAAUGAUGGGGUAGCAGUUAAUGGGGGCCAUACUGAACAGUCAUACAGGACAACAUGCCCAAAUAAGCAACCUAGUGAACUGAAUAGUUUGUUAGUAGAAUGCCAAUCUUCUUGUUGUAGACAACAAGAUGGUUCUGAUGCAGAGAGUGAAACAAUACAGAUGGCAGAUACAGAUACUGUUGGAGCAAAUUCAAGGAUGAGUUAUGGUCAUAAGGAAACUGAAUAUCAUGACGGUGUUCAAGAAACUGCAUGUAGUUUCCUUUCGACUGAGAAACAAUCCAACCUAUUGAGAACCCAACACAAUCAAAAUCUCAUCCCACCAAAUCAAGACUUGAGGAAGCAAGUAGGGUUGGAUCUUAGUGCAAACCAGUUAGGAGACAACCAAAAUGAACAGAAAGAGAGGAGUGGACGUGCUAUUCAAAAGCCUCAUAUUAUGAAGCUGCCGCCUGUAUUAACCCUUCAUCUUAAGAGGUACAUCAAGAAUGGCAAUGAGUACCAUAAAAAUGAAGCUCGUGUGAUCUAUAAGGAGCUUCUUGAUCUAGGACGAUUCAUGGACUUUAGGUACUUCAUUCUUCACAUAACUAAAUAA